AUGGCGUUAAUUGAUAUUGUAAAAGAUAGUAUUCAAGAUUUCAGGGAUAACAGGUGGGAUGAGUUAUUAGAAGAGGUUCAAAGCUUCUGUGAUAGAAUGUAUAUUCCAAUCCCUAACAUGGAAGAUAAAAAUACCGUCGGGAGUCGUUCUAGGCGUGAAGGGCAGUGGAUUACUUAUUAUCAUCAUUAUCACGCAGAGAUUUUUAUUGCAGUUAUUGAUUUAAUUGCCAUUGAGAUGAAUAAUCGGUUCACUGAGACAACUACAGAGUUGCUAGCUUGCAUAUCAUGUCUUGAUCCAAGAAACUCAUUUUCCAGAUUCAAUCAUGCCAAGCUACUUCGACUUGCAGAAAUUUAUUAUGAUGAUUUUUCUAUACAAGAUCUUCAAGUUCUAAAAGAGCAACUUCACACAUACAUUUAUGAUGUUAGAAGAUGUUCUGAUUUUGUUGAAUGUGAUGAUCUUGCAAGUAUUGCUGUGAAACUAGUUGAAAGUCGAAAGCAUUUGGUAUUUCCGUUGGUUUAUCGCCUUAUUGAAUUGGCUUUGAUCUUACCGGUGGCAACAACAUCAGUUGAAAGAUCUUUCUCGGCCAUGAAUAUCAUCAAAACCGAUUUGCGCAAUAAGAUAGGAGAUGAAUGGUUGAAUGAUAUGAUGAUAUGCUAUAUCGAACGCCAAGUGUUUGAAACAAUUGAUGAUGAAGCUAUUUUGGUUCGAUUUCAGAAUAUGCAAAGCCGAAGGAUUCAACUUCCACUUCAUUAG